AGCACUCUUCCCACCAUCGUCUCUUUAUACGCGUCAUACCACAGCCCAGCGUGCCGUCUGCCCCGCCCGGCGCCGCCCGUAUACGCGCUGCGUGGGCCGCGCUCUCGGCGCUGCCCAUCGGCGUUUGAUGGUGUGGCUAUUUGCGCAAACAGUGCGGUAAUUGCCGGCAGAACGAUAGUCGCUAUCGGCCGACCGGGACCCGACAGCUGCGCGUCGGCACCGGCGGGGUCAGAGUCGACAUCGACGUGAGGUGGAGAGAGUCGCUGUGGCCGAGAGUCCUUCUCCAAGUAUUUUGAGAGGAUAUCGAACGGGGAUUGCGGUAGUGGAUCAGAAGAGUUCAAGUGUUUCCUGAAGAUGGGUUUAAAUCCGUGAAAGGGCAUUGAAGAUCCGAUAAAAGAGACUAAGAAGCAAACACAAGACCAGCGUGAGUUCUGUGUACUGUACUGUCAGCGAUGCUACCAGCAAUGACUCGGAAAACGACUGCUAUUUGAGUAGGACGUUUUCUUAUCAUUUCAGUUUCCAGCUAAAUUAGGCUGGCCCAGUGCAGACCACGAACUAUGUGAAUCAAACGGCUAUCCUCUGGAGUGAUCGGAGGCCGGCCACUCUCAAGUGACACAGUGGCCGUGAGACAGACUCUUCGUCUUCAGCUGGUACUGCAGUGAACAACGGCCUCUCUAUUUGCUCCGCAAGACAACUGCGCUCGUCUGUAGCCGUAUCCAGCGGGCAGCUGUCUCUCCAACCUCACCAGGCUCCCCCUACGCUCACCAUGCAGCUGGGCGCUCCGUGGGGCUCGGGCCGACCGCCUCCCACCGAGCCGGCGCCCUCCAACUGCUCCCUGGGCGGCUACACGGCGAUGACGCCGUACGUGGUCACUUUGGACGCCAUCGUGUGCGUGGCGGCUGUGUCCGGAAACCUCCUGGUCAUGGUCGCCGUGGCGCGGUUCCGCUCCCUCCGCACCACCACCAACACCUUCGUGGUCGCAUUGGCUGGUGCUGAUCUCCUGGCAGCGCUCUCAGUGCCCUACUACAUCUCCUUCUACUUUGACGUGUCGUACCGAUGCGAGGAGGGGCCCUGUCUGGCGCGCUACUUUGUCACCAACGCCACCAACACCAUGUCGAUCCUGCUGCUGGUAGUCGUCUCGGUGGACCGGUUCGUGGCGGUGAAGCUGCCGCUGCGCUACCCCGCUCUGAUGUCGCGCCGGAGGGCUCUCUCGCUGGUCGUGAUCAUCUACGUGUACUCUCUGCUGCUCAACUCGAUCGUACUGGUGGACGAGCUGAACGCCUGGACGCCGGCGGCUGCCGAGUGUGACCUGGUGUACGUCCUGCCGGCGGCCACGGCUGUCCCGCUGGUGGCUGGGCACGUGCUGAUGGCCCUGGCGGCCACCACCGGCCUCUACGUGGGCAUCUUCCGCGAGGCGUGGCGUCAGAACAGGAUGGCGCGGGAGGUUACCGGGCCUGGGCCGCGCUGCCACCGGCCUUCCGGGGACACCAAGACCGCCUGUAUGAUGGUGCUGAUACUGGGCUGUAAUACGGUGGCCAUGCUCCCGUACGCCUUGGGAGUGUGCCUCAGAUAUGCGUACAUUGAGAACAUAUACAUACAUGAGAACGUCCUCUCCGAACUGAAGAAGGUAAACCAGAUGUUCGUGUCAUUAUACUUCGCCAAAUCAGCCAUCAACCCGGUGGUUUAUGGCUGGAAAAACGCAGAAUUCGCCGCAGCAUUUCGGCAGAUUGUCGGCUGUGGCGACCGAUCUAAGCUACGGCGACAUUCAGCCAGCGCCAUCUGCACAGUAUCUGGGCGACUGCGGCGCCACCUGGAUCCAGUGAACGAACUGUCCAGCUCAGCCUCCGUGGAAACCAUCGAUACUUAUCUGUGACACAUUUAGUUAGCGAUAGAUCAGUGUUUCGUGAAGAUAAUAAGCUAUAAUUUAUUUUUCUACAUAUUCGUUGAUGGUAUGCAUUUAAAACUUGUAUCAGCACAAAUUUGAUAGCUUGCAUCGGCAAAUAUCCUAAUUCCUAUUCAAAAAGUCGUGCAGCAUGUGAUCGGAACAAUGACCAUGCCCCAAGCGUAUGGUGAAACACAACAGGCAGUCAGAUACAAAUAUUUUCAAGUCAUUUUGACCAGCAUACCGUUAUAUUGAAGGCUCCUGUUAUGCUUAGAAAAUGUACUACGACAGCGAUGGUUUAUCGGUGCUUUUGCGAAAAGCAGCAGUACCUAUCGCUCUCGGUUGCAUCGUUUGCCUGACUUCCUUGCAUUUACUGGAAAUACAAUUGUCAGGGAGGAGAGCGAAAAAAAUAGGAGAUUGCCAAUGCUUUUGGGUAGUAUUGAUGAAGGAUGGCUUGGAGUGCUAAGAGGAUAUUCAUUGGUCAUGAGCUUAUAAUUUUGAUUUUAAACAGCUACAUCGAUUAAAACUAUAGUGCAAUCACUCUGCAAUGAUAACCGUCCUGAAAAACGUUACGUACUAUAAUGCGUGUAUUUUAAUUGCUUAUUGCCUGUAUUUUAAUUGAGUUGCCAAAGAAUGAGGUAAAUUCAUCACGGUCAAAGGUUGGGGCCUGGCGGCAUGAAACAGCAUCGCUUAACAAUGUGAUUGUAGGUUCUUUUUAGCAGGCCAUGGCAGGGGUUAAGGACCAAAAAGAUGGAUCCUGGUAUGUUUCCUGGUACAUUGUUAUUGUUCUUUGCAUUUAAUUUAUAAAUUACCAUGUCAAAACGCCGAUGUUUGGCAUGCGUAAAAUUUCAAAUUAGCAAAACGAAAACGAGACGGACGCUGCUAAUGAUCUGUCUUGCCGAGAUAUUUUGCUAUAUAAACUUAGCCGUUGUUGGUGACAUAAGAGACCAGUGUUGAAUCCUUGUUUGUAAAUAAAUCCAAAGAACACCUA